AUGCUCUACUUAAACAAACGCUCUCCUUCCGAGGAGCUGGCCUCUGUGCACAACCCAAUUUCUCCCACUGCUACCUCUACUUGGCACCAUUCUCUAGACGACCAGAAGAUGACCGAGGUAGUCCCAUUCCCUCAACCACAACACCUCUACCCAUUCGGUGGCUCAUCACAUCGUUUGCUCGCCCCUGCCCCUGAGCAAAAGUCUCCUUACUUCUCUCCAGAUCUAUAUCGCGAGAUGCCUGUCUACCCCGUGGGCUACCAGACCACCUCUCAUCUGCCCAGGUCCCCCCCAGAGGCUCGCUCGGCUUCGGUCUCGAGUAUAUCCUCUUCGCCCUCCCACGGCACACCUGACAUGUCUUCCUCUCGGACCAUGUCACCCGUCACGGACUCCAACUCUGACAUUAUGGCAAGUCCCCCGGUCUUGACCAGGACGUAUAACCCGCCGUCGUCCUAUCAGCACACACACCACACCUCUCAGGCGCUCCCUUCGUCAUUAAUCCCCGCCCCAUCGCAGUACAUGCAUAUUCAGGUCGCCCCUCCGCCACCAAUGUCGCUCUAUCCUUCGAUGCCGGCCUUGUCACAACGAACAACAACGUACCCACCAUCAUCCUCAUAUGAUUACCACCAACACAUGGGUCACCCUUACCCAUCUCAGCAGUCAAUGCACAGCUACCAGGUACCGAUACACAACUAUCAACCUGUGUACAGCUACACCAGCGCCCAGGCCUAUCCCAGCCAUUCAGCAGGCGCAAUAUUACCCUCGUUCGCUCCCGCGCCAGGGUCCUCAAUGAUGUCCCUUCCGCAUACGCAACGUCACGACAAGGCUCCUAUUGAGCGUUUACUGAAAGACAAACACGAUAUCGUCAUGAUGAUCCAGUCACACCUGGACUAUUUCGAUGUCACCAAGGCUCAGAUGGCGAGCCGGUGGUUCAGAGAUCACUUUGACCCCUCCAAGUGCCCUGAAGAAGACAAGAUCCGGUGCGUCAUGUUCGCCGAGAUCAACUUCAAGCGAUUCUGGCCCAACAACACCUCCUCGGGUGGCCGGGGCGGCGACAAGGAUGAUGGCAAGCAUCCCGGCUCCUUUGGGUGCUACCACUGCUUCAAGGUCAAGAGCCCCGAAAACUUUGAGCUGUUCAGGUGGAAGAAUGAUCUGGAGGAUGCGCCUGAGAGCAGCAACAACAACAACAACAAUAAGACCAAUGCCAACGACCAAAAGAACUCCGCCUCCUCAAGAAAACAACAACAACAACAACAACAACAACAACAACAACAACAACAACAACAACAACAACAACAACAAAAUCAAGAAGGCUCCCCCAAACAAAACCCACCUCUGUCCCCUUCCACAUCCUCCCACACCUCCACCUCUUCAUUCUCUCUAACCUCAAACCCCCAUUACGAUCCCUCUGUAACACGCUCCUCCCUCGCCGCCGCCGCCGCCUCCACCAAGGGUCAAACCGGCAACACUCGCCGCGGCCCUUCCUCCUCCUCCUCCGGCACUUAUUCUUGUUCGGACCAAUCCCCCCGCAUCCAAGAAACCUGGGGGAUCCGGCGUUUCUGCAUCGACUGCGGCAUCAAAAAGAAAUUUUACAGACCGGGGGUCCUGAUCGAGCUCCACAAAGAGAAGAAUGCGGUGUGGGUGUGCGACUGCUGGGUCACGCACAAGAGGCCGCAGGAGCUGGAUUGCAAGGUUUGCAAAAAGAUAUUGCCGCUGAGCACGCCGAAUCGGAGGAGAUGUUGAUUUGAUCUGGGGGGUGGACUUUUGGAGGGUCAUCUUGGGGGGGUAUUUCAUUGCCGGAUUAGGAUUGAUAAGUUAAAGGCUUGGAUUUGGGAAUACUGCUUCUUGGUUGAAGGCGUUGGGAUACGUUGGGAGGGUUCAGCGUUGUCUUUUUUUUGUCCCUUGAUCUCUUCUCGUGUUCAUGAUUUUCUUGGGUUUUGGAUACAUGGCUUACAUCAUUUCCUUCCUUCUUCUUGGAAACACAUUUUACUUUGUUUACCCACAUGUCCUCCUCCUUCCUCUCAUCGGGGGAGGGGGGGUAAGAUUUAUUACUAAAGAUACCACAUUAUUCCCUUCGUCUUCUUCUUCUUCUUCUUCUCCAUCAGCUUUACUGCUUCGUCAUGUUGACACUAUUCCUUCUUUGCCUUGUCCAUAUUAUUUAUUUAUCGAUCGGAUGAGGGAGGUUAUCUACCGACACAACGCGGUGAAAAUCCCACAUUUUGG